GCGCGCCGUCAGUCCGCCGCCGCCGCCGCACUCGUGCUACACCGACCUCAGCGGCAGUGCACCAUCGAACGUCGUCAGUGUUUGACGUCCGUCCGCGCAACCGUACGCCGCUUCUGUCGUUUCGCCGCGACCGUAUAUACUGUAAAAUAUCAUAAUUAUUACUUAGUGUGUUUGUGCGGUUCCACGCCCGUCGGUCGUAAUAAAUUCUUUCCGAUUUUUUUUUUAAUUUUUCCAAACGUUUAUAACGGAAAUACAUUUUUUUAUUAUUAUUAUUUUACCCGGUGUUCCGUAUUAUUUUCACCCGCCUAGUGUAAAACGCCGGAUCCGACACUCGAGUGUGCAUGUGCAGUGCGAACCAUGAUCAUGAGUAACGAAAACCAAUACCUGAGACCGGAUUAUUUAACUCCCUUGCCGUCGUUGGACGCCAAGAACAGUCCACUGGCGCUGUUGGCGCAGACAUGCAGUCAGAUCGGAUCUGACGCACCGGCGCCGCAGAACGGCAAGACAAACUCCGACAAGAUCGGUAACCAUCACAAGAAGACGUCGUCUUCGCUGUCUUCGACGUCGUCGUCGUCUUCCGACCACGGAGGUGGCGGCGGCGGAAGUGGCGGUGGCCGAGACAAGCGCUCGCCGUCGCUAUCGUCGUCGUCGUCGUCGUCCUGUUCGAACAGCGGUUCGCCGCCCGGUCGCACGUCGGUCGUCCACAAUCACCUGCAGCCAGCCACGAUCACCCCCGUCACCACCACGGCCCGGUCGAGUUUCAAACCGUACGAAUCGUGCGUCCUGCGGCCGGCCGCCGAAGUGGCCGCAGCCGCAGCCGCCGCCGCCUCCGCCGCCACAGCCAACGCCACGUCGAUCAGCCUGGACGCGACCAUAAGGAGAGCGACGCCCGUGGCCAUCAGUGGCGGCGGCGGUGACAGGUGCAGCAGCAAAGAGAGCGCUUCGAGUCGCAAGUCACCGGCCGAGGACGCGGCCGCGGCCGGUAGAAAACACGGCGAACAAUCGCACCACAAACAUUCGUCGUCGUCGGCCGCUUCGGUGGCCGCUCUGAUGGCGGCCGCCGGUUACCCGUCGGCGCACCACCACCCGCAACUGCCGGCGCACCCACAUCACCAUCACCACAUGGCGGCGUUGGGCGGCUCGCCCCUCAUGAGCCCCUAUUUCAGAUCGGGCGCGGGGGCGCCGCCACUGCCGUGCCGCGACCCGUACUGCGCGGGCUGCCAGCUGGCCGCUCACCUGGCCGCCGGCAAACAGCCGCCGCAACCGGCGGUCACGUGCCCGGCCGGUUGCACGCAAUGCGACGCCAGCCCGAAGACGGUGGCCGCCGCAGCCGCCGCCGCCGCGGCCGCUCACCACCAUCACCAGCAGUCGGCCGCCCACCACCAACACCAGCAGCAGCACCAGCACCACACGAUGGCCGCGGCGUACGCUCACGCCCAGCUGGCCGCUCUGGCCGCGGCCGCCAGCCAAUUGCCGUACGUGUGUUCGUGGAUGGGCGCCGACCUGCCGUCGUACUGCGGCAAGCGGUUCGGCACUUCCGACGAGCUGCUCCAACACCUGCGCACGCACACCUCCGACCCGGCGGCCGCGCUUCCGCUGUUGCAGCGUUCGUAUCCGACGCCGCCGCUGAGCCCGUCGGCCGCCGCGGCCGUCAGCCGCUACCACCCGUACGCUUCCGGUAAACAUCACUCGCCGUACGGUUUCCCGUCCGGUUACCCGUCCUCGCCGCUGGCCAUGCCGCCACAUCCGGGCCUGCUGCCGCCGUACUUCCCGGCCGUCGCUUACUCGCCUUACGCCGCGGCCGCCGCCGCAGCCGCCGCCCCGCGACUGGGAACGUCGCCACACACAUAACUCGGAAAGUCUUAACGAGAUUUGUUAAAUGUAUUAUUAUUAUUAUUAUUAUAAUUAUUAUUGCGAUCGUCGUCGUCGUACCGCUGUUAGUCGCGCGACGAGUGUUGUUAGCCGAUUAGCGAAAUUUGUUUUAAUACUUUUUUUUUUUUAUUUUUACGUUAUACAGUACGUAAUAAUAAUAAUAUUAUUGUUACGACGGUGUAUAACGAUAACUGAUUGUAUACCUACACCAGCUGUUAUUAGACUUCAAUCGCUGCUUUUUUUUUUUUUUUUUUACUAUUAUUAUACGUUCUAGGUAAGCGUUAAUUCUUAUUUUUAUUUGAACGACAAAAUAAUUUACUAAAAAUUGAUAAUCGACCCGCUUUUUAUCUUUAUUUGUUUAAUAAUAAGUUAUUGCGUAUAGGAACCUAUAAAAUAUAUAUUAUAUAUAUUUUUUUUAUUUUGUUAUUGACUACGUUACCUUGUUUUUAUUUAUUUUAUUUUAUUUUAUUUUUUUUUUUGUUAUUCGGUUUUAUUAUUUCAUAAUAUAUUAUUAUUGUCAGAAUUUAAAAUCUAUAUAUAUUCGAUUCGUAUAUAAUAUUAUAAUAUAAAAUAUGUAGUAAUAACAUAAAUUAUAAUAUAUUAUGAAUUUAUUGUAAAAAUAUUAAACUGUGUAACUGUAUAUUAUUAUUAUAUACAUCACCCGAUUUCAUAUAUUAUAUAUUGUUGAAUAUAAUAAUAUAAUAUAUAUAUAUAA